CCCCGCGUCUUCUCCCCGGACUCGUUCCAACGCUCAACAUCAAAACCCCAGAUUUCUCGGACCUUCUCCGAUAUGCAGUCGUCUAGGUCGCCUUUCUUUUGGCCAGAUGACCUGAAAUUAUACUAUGCGGAAGUAUACUUUUGAUCUCGCUUUAAAGGCCGCCAUGCGCACUAGAAUGAGACUCUAGCCAGCAACAUAUUCCGACAAAAUUCUUUCAACAUGGCCGACGUUGACGAAAAGGCCGUUCCGGCCGUCGAUAAUGGAGAAAAGAAGAAGGCGCAAUUCGAGCAUGAUGAGUUGUACGACGCCUAUGCAUCCAAAAGUCAAGAAUGGCACCAGAAGAUGACUCGUCGGCUAUUGCGAAAGGUCGACUGGCACCUUCUUCCUCUUCUAGUAGCCAUGUACCUGCUCAAUUUCUUGGAUAGAAAUAAUCUUUCCCAGGCUCGACUAGGCACCCUUGAAGAAGAUCUCAACAUGAAGGGCACGGAUUUCAAUCUUGCGACCAGCAUUCUCUUUGUUGGGUACCUUUUAAUGCAGCUGCCGUCGAACCUUCUCCUGACCCGCAUUCGACCCUCUCUAUUUCUGGGUAUCGCCAUGGGGAUCUGGGGUGUCAUAUCAGCUUGCCAGGCGGCCGCACACUCCUUCGCUGGCUUGGUGGCCACCCGAUUCUUCCUUGGGUUCGUGGAAGCUCCAUUCUUUCCAGGAGCAGUCAUGUUAAUGUCCAGCUGGUAUACCAGACAAGAGUUGAGUUACCGAAUCGCUUGGUUCUAUGCUGGAAGCUCUUUAGCAAAUGCCUUUGGUGGAUUGAUCGGUGCUGGCGUGCUGGGAAACCUCAAUGGCUCGCACGGGAUCUCCGGAUGGCGAUGGCUAUUUAUUAUUGAAGGAAGCAUCACAGUUGCGUUGUCAAUGCUUGUCCCCUUUCUGCUGCCGAACUACCCAGCAACCACGCCGUGGCUUGAGGAUGAAGAAAAAGCAUAUGCCCAAUGGCGAUUGAUCAAUGAUGCUGGAGAAGCUGAUGAGAUGGGCUCAACCACCAUCAAGGAAGCACUGUAUAUGGUGUUUACUGACAAGCGGAUCUACAUCUUCAUCCUCCUGCAACACGCAUCUCUCUUAUCCCAGACGUUUCAAUACUUCUUCCCUUCGAUUGUGAAAACACUCAAUUACGGAAGCGUGGAGACUCUGUUAAUCACAGCUCCUGUGUGGAUCGCAACUUUCCUCAUCUCUCUCGUUGUGACCUGGACAUCAGGCAAAACCAAUGACCGUAGCAUCCAUAUUAUUUGCUUGAUGAUGGUCAGCGUUGCAGGAUGCAUUAUCUGUACUGCAUCUACGAAUGUCGGGGCAAAGUUCCUGGGCAUGUUCCUGAUGCCAAUGGGUGCCGUCUCUGCCUACCAGAUUAUUGUCGCUUGGGUCGCCAAUUCCUUCCCCCGUCCGCUGGUGAAACGAUCGGCCGCUAUCGCAAUAGCGAACAUGAUCGGUAAUACCGCCACAAUUUAUGGGAGCUAUAUGUGGCCAUCGUCGUCAGGACCACGAUACAUCCCAGGCGGUAGCGCCACAGCAGGCGUGGCUCUCCUAGUAGCUGCUUUGGCGUAUCUUAUUCGGACGAUUCAUGCGAGGAUGAACAAGCGCCUGGAGCAACAGGAGAACGCGCAACUAGAGCCAGAGAACCUGGAUCAUCCCCGGGGAUUCAGGUACAUUCUUUAAAACAUCCCAUGAUAUAAGUAAGUAAUGAUUUGGAGAAUUUGGCUAGCUUUGCCUGUUGUAAGGAGCGUAGCUACUAUCUUUUACUACCAUGAUCGCACCGAAUAUACAACAGUAUUAGGCCAGACGAACAUAGGAUGUGUUCAACAUGUUAAAGUAGUGGGAAAUUUUCUACAGGA